AUGCAAAGAUGGGCUGGCACUUACAAAUGGGAUAACCAAUGUAAAGUGAAUCAUUGUUGCUGUUAUACGGGAAGUUUAAAAGUGACGGAAUCUGGUUCAGAUCUGAUCUUUUCGUCGGAUACACAAGGAUGUGGAUCAUCACGGUCGACAUCAACAUUUUCUAAUCCAUAUGGUUAUUCAUUUUCGACAACUGGAGUUCGUGGCUCACAAAUUAUUUAUUCACUUAGUUCGGACAGUAAUACACUGUAUGUGAGAAAUGCUGGAUAUAGUCAAUGCGGAGGUAGUGCUGCACGAACCUCUGCAGGAAUGUAUCUACGUCCGACUAUGGUCUCGUUUGUGCUUAUGUUUGUUGCUUUGUGGAUCUCGCUUUAA